AUGCCUAAAGAUAAAAUUUUAUUUGAACGAAAACAAAUUAUUAUUAAAGAACGUUCACCACAAAGUCAAGCACAAGCAGCACCACUUGAUGAAGUUACUGGAACAAUAACUAUUAUAGAAAAUGAACGUGGAAAAUUUUUUCGUUAUGUACCAUUAGGUCUUGAAGAUGUUAUGACUGAUGAUUGGGCAUUGAUUAAUGGUGUUCAUUCAAUAACUUCAAAUAAAAAUGAUGGAGAUUCUACAACACAAUCAUCUAGUCCAUUAUUAAAAUUUCGAUUUAAUUUUAAUUUACAUGAUUUACGAAGUGUUCGUCGACAUCAUAUGCUACAUGGUAUUGCUCAUAUGGUAUUUAUACUUAAAGAUGGUACAACAUUACCAGCAUUUUAUUUUAAUCUUGGUGGAAGUAAAGAACUUUUACAAAAACUUGCACAAUGUUUACGACUUGAAAAGUCAACACAAGAUGCUCGUUUAUAUAUUGUAAAAGAUGAUCUUCCAAAAAGAAAUCUCUCACAAUCUCUUAGUGCUUUUGAUCAACUCAAUUUAUUUGAUAGUUCAAAUGAUGUUAUGAGACGACUUAGAGGAAAUGAUCCUCAUCGAACAACUGUUGAACGUUUUUCUAAAGUAACACAAUUCGUUAAAGAUACAUUUCUUGGUCAAAAUGAAUUUAUAACAACAAAUGAAAAUUCUAAUGGACUUUUAGCACCUGAUGUAACAGCUCUUACAAAUUCGAUUAAUGAUGAAAUAAGAGAAUCAAAUAAUGAUGGUUUUGAAGUUAUCUAUAAGGUGGAUUUUAAAAAAUUACCAGAUGUUGCACGUGGACAACCAGUGACAACAAAAGAAUGGCAAACAUUUUUUGAUAAAGAUGGACGUGCUAUUGAUGUUGAUAAAUUAAAAGAACGAAUAUAUCGUGGAGGUUUAGAAUCAAAUAUAUUAAGACGUGAAGUAUGGAAAUUUUUAUUAAAUUUUUAUCCAUGGUCAUCAACACGUGAUGAACGUAUUGAAAUACUUAAAAAACGAAAAUCAGAAUAUUUUGAUAUGAAAGUUCAAUGGAAAUCGAUGAAUGAACAACAAAAACAAAGAAAUGCAUCAUUUCGUGAUCGAGAAUCACUUAUAGAUAAAGAUGUAGCACGUACCGAUCGAACACAUGAAUUCUAUCAAGAUGAUAAUAGUGUUCAUCUUCAAAUUCUUCGUGAUGUUUUAAUGACUUAUAAUAUGUAUAACUUUGAUCUCGGUUAUGUACAAGGUAUGAAUGAUUUAUUAAGUCCAAUUUUAAUCGUUAUGGAAGAAGAAGUUGAUGCAUUUUGGUGUUUUGUUGGAUUAAUGUCUCGUAUGGAAAAAAAUUUUCAUCUUGAUCAAGCACAUAUUAAAUCUCAACUUAGUAAUCUUCAUACACUUCUUCAAUUUAUUGAUGCCGAACUUGCAAAUUACUUAACUGAAAAUAAUUCCAGUAAUAUGUAUUUCUUCUUUCGAUGGAUGUUAAUUUGUUUUAAACGUGAAUUUUCAUUUGAUGAUGUUAUGUAUUUAUGGGAGGUCAUAUGGACGGAUUAUUUAUGUCAAAAUUUUGACCUACUUGUUUGUUUAGCAAUAUUACUGUCACAAAAAACAGUAAUUAUGGAAUCAAAAUUUGGUUGUAAUGAAAUUCUUAAAUUUUUUAAUGAUUUAUCCUGUAAUCUCGAUUUGGAUACAUGUCUUCUAUCAGCUGAAAAACUUUAUAUACAAUUAGCUACGCAUCGUGAUAUACCGACAUCAAUUGCAAAACUUCUUGGUCUUCCAACAGGUCCUAAUCAACAACUUAUAUCUACUGGAGAUAAUAUAACAUAUCCACGUAAAAUUUAUACUAAACAACCACAUGGUACAAUGAAUUUAGAUAAUUCAUAUUUUCGUCAAGAAUCUGAACCAUCAUUACUUAUUGAUCACGAUGAAACAACAUCUGCUAUACUUGAUGAACUUCUUAAUAUGACACCAUUGAUGGAAUUAUGA